AUGUCACCUUAUUGCAUGUUGUAUUUUGUUGCCUUUUAUGACUGGUCUGGUUACAUUUUGUCAAGUGGAGAUUUGGCUGCCGAAGUUAGUAUUGUGUCUGGUCAGCCACUCAAGGACUCUUCAACACUAGAGAGCCUUCUUAAGAAACCACAUGUACAAUAUAAAAUUUUUGAUAAGCAUGGUUUUGGAAAUGAACAGCUAUCAAAGAUAGAGAAAGAAUGUGUAGAGAUUGAUAUAAAAUACGCGGGCUUCAUUGUGCGCCAGCAGAGUCAACUCCAACAGAUGGUUCAUCAACAACAUAGGCCUCUUCCAGAGGACCUGGAUUACUAUGCAAUGACAACGUUGUCCCUUGAAGCACGUGAGAAGCUUUCCAAGGUCAGGCCACAAACCAUUGGUCAAGCAAGUAGAGUUGGUGGGGUUAGCCCUGCGGACAUUACAGCACUCCUCAUUAUACUGGAAACAAACCGGAGAAAAGCCCAUGAACAAAGACAUCAGGAAAUGUUGACUUUGAUCGUGGCUGAUGCCAACCAACGUGCGCCAGAAGGUCCUUUUGCAGAGACGGUCGCCUCCUAA